GGGCGGCAACAGAAUCCGCAAGAGUCUAACAAAAACCAUGGAGGAGGAGGAUCCCCCCCCCCCCCCGCCUCCGCCGCUGCUGAUGUUGGCAUGCAAAGUUGAUGGGUCGGUUUCAAUUAUGCAAUCAUCCCUGUUUUUGUCUCUGUCAUUAACCAUUCAUCAUCUCAAGCUUCUGCUCUUUCGGUCAACUGGAACCUUGGGUUCUUCUUGGAUUCAUAAUUUCUGCAAAGGCCCUUUUCUCCUACCCUCCUGAUACUCGAAAUUUGGGGUCCUUGCUGUGACCCAAAACCAUGUCUCAAGUAUCAAGAACCGAGAGCAAGAAGCUAUCCGAUGAUUAUGAGGUCAUCGAUGUUCUUGGGCGAGGUGGAUUCUCUGUUGUGAGGAAAGGAGUUAGCAAAUACAAUGGGAAGAAAAGCUAUGUUGCCAUCAAAACUCUCAAAAGAUUGGGUUACACUCCUCAAGGGUUCCAACAAAACCCCGCUGCCAGACAAAAAGGCCUUACCUCUUCAGAAUUGCCCACUUGGAAACAAACAUCGAUUUCUGAUGCUUUACUGACUAAUGAGAUUCUGGUCAUGAGAAGGAUUGUAGAGGAUGUAUCUCCUCAUCCAAAUGUCAUACAUCUCUAUGAUGUCUAUGAGGAUGUAAAUGGAGUUCAUCUUGUAUUGGAGCUUUGUUCAGGUGGAGAGUUGUUCGAUAGGAUAGUUGCUCAAGAGCGAUACUCAGAAGUGGAGGCAGCUCAAGUUGUUAAGCAAAUAGCAAGCGGAUUAGAUGCACUUCACAAGGCCAACAUCGUUCAUCGUGACUUAAAGCCGGAGAAUUGCCUCUUUUUGAACAGCAGCAAUCGGUCUCCUCUGAAGAUAAUGGAUUUUGGUUUGAGUUCUGUGGAGGAUUUCACUGAUCCAAUAGUUGCAUUGUUUGGUUCGAUAGAUUAUGUGUCUCCUGAAGCUUUGUCUCAACGUCAAGUAACUGCUGCUAGCGAUAUGUGGUCUCUUGGGGUUAUAAUGUAUAUCCUUCUUUCGGGAUAUCCACCUUUUCAUGCAACAUCAAAUCGACAGAAACAACAGAGAAUACUGGCAGGUGACUUCAGCUUUGACAAUUUGACUUGGAAAACAAUUUCUUCAUCAGCGAAGGAAUUGAUUUCUCGACUUCUCUCAGUCGAGCCCUAUAAGAGGCCAUCCGCAAAAGAACUUCUGAAGCAUCCUUGGGUAAUAGGAGAUUGUGCUAAGAAUGAUAUCAUGGAUGCAGAGGUUGUUUCUAGACUUCAAAGUUUCAAUGCUCGAAGAAAAUUUCGUGCUGCUGCAAUAGCCAGUGUGUGGAGUAGUAAGGUUUUCUUGAGGACAAAGAAGUUAAGGAACUUGCUAGGAACUCAUGAUCUCACCCCAGAGGAGCUUCAGAACCUACGUGUACACUUUAAGAGGAUAUGUGCAAAUGGUGACAAUGCUACCCUUUCGGAGUUUGAGGAAGUUUUGAGAGCAAUUAAGAUGGAUUCACUAAUCCCUCUUGCUCCUCGUGUAUUUGACUUGUUUGACAACAACCGGGAUGGAACUGUGGACAUGAGAGAGAUCCUUUGUGGGCUGUCGAGUCUCAGGAACUCACGAGGUGACGAAGCUCUCCAGCUUUGUUUUCAGAUGUAUGAUGCUGACAGAUCCGGAUGUAUCAGUAAGGAGGAACUCGCCGAUAUGCUUAGAGCAUUGCCGGAGGAGUGCCUCCCAGCAGACAUAACAGAGCCCGGGAAACUGGAUGAGAUAUUUGAUCAGAUGGAUGCCAACAGUGACGGAAAAGUCACUUUCGAUGAGUUCAAAGCUGCUAUGCAAAGGGAUAGCUCUCUCCAAGAUGUGGUCCUCUCUUCCCUGAGGCCAGUCUAGACUUUUAGUGAAGUAGGGACUUGAUUUUCUUGAAAAUUUGCUUCCUGUAGCUAUCACUGAGAAGCGAAUAAACGUUACACAUAGUAGUUUCUGAUAAUAAAGCUUCAUACUGUGAUUCAUGUAUAAGGGAGGAGUAAGUGCAGAUAAUUUUUGUAUACUGCUUGGUUCUGUGCUCUGUGAUCUUGAAGUUGGAUUAAAUGACUAAAAAUUUACUUUUUUUCUCUUUUGGAGGAGACAUUGAAGAGGGAGAUUAUUGGGCUGAGAAUCUAAGCUCAGGCGAUGAACAAUUGUGAGGUGUGGGAGAGAAGCUUACCAUCAACACUGUGAAACAAAAACAAAAAUGAUUUUGUGAAGGCUAAAAAGGCUUAUGCAAGUUGAGAUGUCUGCUCAUUUGAUGCUACAUCAGGAACAUAAGAUUGUAAAUUGUAAUCUUUAUAUUUUCUCUUACAGCUCUCAUUUGAUGCUACAUCAGGAACAUAAGAUUGUAAAUUGUAAUCUUUGUAUUUUCUCUUUCAGCUCUCUACAUUCUGCUCAUUUGAUGCUGUAUCAUGAACAUAAGAUUGUAAAUCGUAAUUGUCGUAUUUUCUCUUA